AUCAUCAUCGUCUUCGUUUCUCGCUCCAGGACUUCACACUGCUAGGCUUUGGCUACCUCUGCUCUUCUUUAGACGUGCCUUGUAGUGGACUAGAUUCUGGACGCACAUUCUACUCACUUCCAACUGAGUUCUCUUCUGUCUGGAAAACCCACCUCUUUUCAUCAUGUCCUCCUCCGACUCGAAGAAAAUUGCUCUCAUCACAGGAUGCAGCUCGGGCAUAGGCGCCGCACUCGCCAGGGAAUUCCUCACUCAAGGCUUUCAUGUCAUCGCUACGGCGCGCAGGCCGGAGGUCUUGAGUGACCUCGCUGCCUUAGGCGCGACGACCAUCGCUCUCGAUGUCGCACGCGACGAGUCCGUCGAGCGCGCGAAGGAGGAAGUAGAAGCGAUCACUGGCGGCAAGCUCGAUAUCCUGGUUAACAAUGCAGGAAUGUCCGAAGGCCACAGCCCUGCCGCCGACCUCGACCUCGCGAACGUCCAAGCCAUGUUCAACACUAACGUCUUCGGCGCCAUGCGCAUGGUCAAGGCCUUCGUCCCGCUCCUUGUCGCUUCCGGCGGUGAUGCGCGUAUCGCGAACCUGGGUAGUGUGUCGGGCGUGAUCCCGUACCCCUUCGCAUGCGUGUAUGCAUCGACGAAGGCCGCGCUGCAUUCGUAUAACGAUACGAUCCGGGUGGAGUUGGCGCCGUUGGGGAUCAAGGUCAUCAACCUUUGCACCGGUGGCGUCCAGUCGAACAUCACCCGCCAAGCGCCUCCCCGGCCGCUCCCAGAGACCUCAUUCUACAAGCCGCUAGAGGAGCACAUACUGAAGAUUCGCAGGUCAACUGUAGAGAGCGAAGCCCUCCCUGCCGCCGAGUACGCGAAGCUGGUCGUCCGCGAGAUCACGAAGCCGAAGCCACGUCCUUGGUUCUGGGCGGGAUCAAGCUCGUUCAAGGUCUGGUUUGUCAGCACCUUCCUGCCCAGGUGGUUCAUGGACGUUACCUGGACAAAGAGGUUCAACCUCGUAGCGUUAGUUGCAAGCACGGCGGCGCAGAAGAAGAUUGCGUAGAUAUAUAGCUGUCGGGCACUUGUCUUAUGGAAGGUCAUAUAUACCAUUGCUAGCGCUUCAUGGCGAUUCGUAGCCAAGAGGCCUCAGGCAU